AUGCUAGCGCUGCUGGCCGCCGGCGUGGCGCUCGCCGUGGCCGCCGGGGCCCAGGAUGGCCCGGCCCCCGGCAACCACUUCGUGUGCACCGCGCUGCCCCCGGAGGCGGCGCGUGCCGGCUGCCUCCUGCCCGCGAUGCCCAUGCAGGGCGGCGCACUGAGCCCCGAGGACGAGCUCCGGGCCGCGGUGCUGCAGCUGCGUGAGACCGUCGUGCAGCAGAAGGAGACGCUGGGCGCGCAGCGCGAGGCCAUCCGCGAGCUCACCGGCAAGCUGGCGCGCUGCGAAGGGCUGGCGGGCGUCAAGGCACCGGGCAAGGCGGGCACCGGCAAGGAUACCAUGGGCGACCUGCCGCGGGACCCCGGCCACGUCGUGGAGCAGCUCAGUCGCUCGCUGCAGACCCUCAAGGACCGCCUGGAGAGCCUCGAGCAUCAGCUCCGCACGAAUGUGUCCACCUCGGGGCUGCCUGGGGACUUCCGAGAGGUGCUCCAGAGGCGGCUGGGGGAGCUGGAGAGGCAGCUGCUGCGCAAGGUGGCGGAGCUGGAGGAUGAGAAGAGCCUGCUCCACAACGAGACAUCCGCACACCGGCUGAAGACGGAGAGCGCCCUGAACGCGCUGCUGCAGAGGGUGACGGAGCUGGAACGGGGCAACAGUGCGUUCAAGUCGCCCGAUGCAUUCAAAGUCUCUCUCCCUCUCCGCACAAACUACCUGUAUGGCAAGAUCAAAAAAACACUGCCCGAGCUGUACGCCUUCACCAUCUGCCUGUGGCUGCGGUCCAGCGCCUCGCCCGGCAUUGGCACCCCAUUCUCCUAUGCAGUGCCUGGGCAGGCCAAUGAGAUCGUGCUGAUAGAGUGGGGCAACAACCCCAUCGAGCUGCUCAUCAAUGACAAGGUUGCACAGCUGCCCCUGUUUGUCAGCGACGGCAAGUGGCACCACAUCUGUGUAACCUGGACAACACGGGACGGCAUGUGGGAAGCUUUCCAGGAUGGGGAGAAGCUCGGCACAGGGGAGAACCUGGCCCCCUGGCACCCCAUCAAGCCGGGGGGUGUUCUGAUCCUAGGGCAGGAGCAGGACACCGUUGGGGGCAGGUUUGAUGCCACACAGGCAUUUGUCGGGGAGCUCAGCCAGUUCAACAUUUGGGACCGUGUCCUUCGUGCCCAAGAGAUUAUCAACAUUGCCAACUGCUCCACAAACAUGCCGGGCAACAUCAUCCCCUGGGUGGACAACAAUGUGGACGUGUUCGGAGGAGCCUCCAAGUGGCCCGUGGAGACCUGUGAGGAGCGGCUCCUUGACUUGUAGCCACCUUCCCCUCCACGGGGGCAAGGAGUUGGGCCCAUCCUGUUGGAAGUGUGGGGUCACUUCCUCCCCAGUUAAAUUGUGCAUAAACCUCUUUCUUGCUAGAAUGAGCUGGGCCCCCAAGUCCCAUUCCCAGGGAAUCUCAAAGACUGAGGCUCUGUGGCAGCAUUUGUCACCAGCUUGUUUGUUUGUUACCGAGAUUUUGUCACUUUAGGGGGGUAGAGACAGUAUCCCCUAGAGAACCCUGAGCUGCAGGUGGGCCAGUAUUGGACUUCUUGCCCCGCAGGGACUGUAGUCCUGAGGCCCUGCUCAGAGCUCCUGUAAAUGCCCCCUGCCCUGCCUGCCCUCUCGGAUCCUUGGUGUCUCCUGUGCUCCCUCUGUCCGUCCCCUUUAACGACUGUGCAGCUGUCUGCUGGAGUGGCCGUGUCCCCCGUGUGUUCAGUACACCCUGCUGUCCACCGAGCACGCAGCAAAGCAGGUCCCACCUCUGCUGCCGACCCUGCAGAAGGGCCUUCCUCUAGGUGUUCUUCAUGCUGUGAAUCAACCCAUCCCAGGAACUCUUGAACUUGAGGAGGGCAGGCCUCCUUCUCCAAGGUGGAGGGGGCAUCCGUGGCCCCAGAGUGGAGCUGAGAGGGGAACUUGGAAUGGAGCAGGGCCGGGGCCACCCUCCCUCCCGCCACCUCCCCCUCAGACCCAUGCUUUGACAGAAUCAUCGCUGGGUAUGGCUUCAAAAGACCUCUUUUCUCAACUGGUGCCAAAAGUUCAGUUGCAGCUUUUACAGCCAUUUGGUAUAGUUUGGGGGGUUUACUUUUUCCCAACAGAAAAGAACAGUCAUUAACAGGCUCCCACUUUUUAAUGUCACCCCACUGUGAAGAAGUGCUAGCUUUUAAUUCAUGUUGAUUCUUGUAAACAUCGGACCGUCUCCAUCAAGUAUUUCCCCCCAGACCUCGUUCAGGAAAUGAUGUUACUUGGUUGAUGUUUGCUUCGUGACGCCAGGCUUGCUUAAUUUAUUGGACAGAGGUAGUCAUUUAUUUUUAGGAUGAAAUGAUGAAGUGGGGAAAUUUAUAAAGCUAAAUAUUAUAUAUUUUAUUUUUCAUACAUGUUUGAAGUGCAAAUCUGUGGAAAUUCCAUUUGUAGGACCGAAUUGACAUGCCCAUCCCAACACUGUAUGCUACCAGAAUUCUGAUGAUGGAAUUUUGAUUAAAGUGCACUGGAA